UACAAAAAUUCAUUAAAGAGAAAAACUGGUACAUCAUAACAUAAGCAGGCCCUCUAUCAGUCGCAAUACAGGGAAAUUGCUAAACUGUGUGGGAUAGUGAUGUUAUAUUUGCAAGUGAAAUAGGGUGAAUAUGAUACCACGUAGGGAUAUAUGCUUGGUAACAGAAGGCAAUGCAGAAUUCAUCUGAAUCAUGUAAAAGAAGCAGCUGUUCAUCAAAGCAGGACUUAAAGGCGCACGUAACCUCCCGUUUUGAUCAAGUUAAUUGUUCUUGUAUUCUCCGAAAAUGUCACUGUCAGUUGUAACUCAUCACUGGAUGUUAGCUUUAAAGAUAUUUAUUCUCUUUUUGGGAUUUUUGCUCCAGUACCACAUUUGCGAAGCAUCAAACUCGGAGAAAAUCAGAAACAUGCUGUUUAUCAGUGCUACCUAUACUAAUGCAAGUUUUCCAUCAAUUGCCAUCUUUAAAAACGAGAGUGAAACUCAGCUUUGUUUUAACAUUCAGCCAAAAGAAAACAACAGCGGCUGUUGCAACAAUUUUAUUUGCCCAAUACGUCAGGACAGCAGCUUCAAUAGCACCCUGACUCUGAAUAAUAUGUCUCUCGAGAACCAAGACAUCGUAGUGUUGCUGAACACUUUUAAUUCCUCAUGUAUGCCCUCAAUUCUCUAUAGCUCAUCAAAUAGGCCUCCGGUGAUGAACAACAGUGGGGAAAGGUUGCCCCCUAGUGGUUUUAUCCUAAAUCUUCACAGGUGCUUGAGACCAGGUGGCAAGAAUAUCAGGCUGAGUAAGGAGGGCCUGUGUGGAAAAACUUUCAACCUUGAAGAAGAAAAAUGUCACGGUUCAAAAAAGACAAAUUAUGAUAUCCAAUUAAAACAACCAACAUCUUGCAAAAAAACCAUAUCUUGUAUUCUACCAGGGAAAAAGCCAGAGACAAUUUUAAUUGUUGAUGCUUUAAACAGGCCUAUAAAUGGAGCUGAAGCAGGAGCUAUCAUGAAAGAUCUUGUUUUCAAAGUGAGCCUGAUGGGCAAUGCAAGCACAGCAGAAAUCAAAAUGGGCAAUGUCACUGGGGUGCUUUCUAAACUGCCAAAACAAAAUCAAACAAGCAUGAAAUUUGGUUUCACAUUAAGUGGAAGUGUGAAUAUUCUCGAGGAAAACGACAUAGUGAUGGACUUUGCUCACAGUGUUUACCUGCCUAUCGAAGCCACUAAAAUGGCAGUUGAAAACAAUGGCUCAUUUGCUGGAGUUCUGCGUUUUCCAAAUAUUUCUGAGAUCGACAAAAAUCGUUCCCUUCUCAAUAAUGAAAUGCUGGGGAUUGAAAUGGGAGCAAACAUAUUUAAUCUCUCAAAAACCAUCGACCUUCACUUCAGUAAUUUGAACAUGACUGGAUUCAAUGCCACUUGUGUAUCAUGGGAUGGCAAUAAUUAUGAGAAUAAUGUAAACUGGAUCACAGAUGGCUGUCUAACAAAAAAGGGCAAUGACACCAUCACAUGCCAUUGCUCUCAUCUCACAUUUUUUGCUAUUCUCAUGUCACCAUUCGCCAUUGGUAAUACCAAUAAUAAUGGUAACCCUAAUAAUACCACUGGGAAGAUCAGCUCCUCUGACCUGAAAACCCUGACCCAAAUCACAAAAGCCGGCUGCGGCAUGUCGAUGUUCUUCCUGGGUGUGGCUCUCUUCAUGCAUUUUCUCAUAAGGAAAAAUAAAGCCAGCCAAGCUGUAAAGAUCCUGAUGAAUCUGUUUAUCGCCCUGUUCGUCCUGAACUUUUGCUUCCUGAUAAAUGAGUCAAUUGCUGACCUGAAGGUCAUGGCAGCAUGUGUGGCGAUGGCAGCGGUUCUGCACUAUAGCAUGCUGGCCACAUUCACAUGGUUCUUCAUGCAGGCUUUGCACCUUUACUUCAAUCUGUACAAAAUCCCCACAGACAUCAAAAAUUACAUGUUCAAGAUUUGCAGUGUUGGAUGGGUUAUUCCAUCUGUGGUGGUGGUUGGACUUCUUGCUUCAAACAAAUAUAACUACAUUGAAGUUUCUGAUGAUAACGGAACCUCAGUAGCUAUGUGCUGGAUCCCUGAUCCUAUAAUCCACACAGGAGUUAACAUUGGUUACUAUAGCAUUGUGUUCAUCUUCACUUUAACCAUAUUCACAGUAACCGCAGUGCAGAUCACACACGUUGCUUCCAAACAAACAAAAACCCAGGAAAACAGUUCAACCAAAAAAAGGGUUUUCUCUCUUCUGGGUCUUUUCUGCCUUUUGGGCAUCACCUGGGGGUUUGCUUUUUUUAGCCACGGUCCUCUGCUCCUUCCCUCCUACUACAUCUUCACCAUCCUCAACUCCUUUCAAGGUUUUUUCCUGUUCGUCUACUACUACUUUUCAAGCAGGAUAGCUGUAGAAGACACAAAAAACCCUAAAAGUGGUUCCACAGAAAAUGUGCACACCUAUGGAUAAGUUACUAAUUUCCCCAUCCUUAGUUUGUCUCACCAAUAUAUAUUUGUUGUGUAUGGGGAUUUGGAGUUAUAUUGUUAAAAGUUAAAGAGAACUUGUGGAAUCAGAGGGUUUUUAUUAUAUCCAUAGAAGCAGAACUUCAAAACAUUUGCUAUUGGACUUUUGGUAUGUAGGUAAUAGGAGUGGAUAUGUCGGGUGAGUGUCCCCAAACUGAUUGACUUACAGUAUCUGCGCCGACUACACUGUAAAUUAACAUUCAUUAAGGGAGUCACAUAUCGAAGAGAGGAAUCGAAAGAUAUGAAGCAAAACACCCAUCAGAACUGAAAAAUCAAUAACAAAAGACAAGAAAAGAGAAAGAGGAGGACCAUGAUUUGAACAUCAUAGAUGCCUACAAUUAAGUAUUUGUGCCAUUCAAUAAGAGCUAAAAGUCUAGUCAGAAAUGAAAAAAGACCUGAUUAGUUUCAAAUAAGCCUGAAAAAAGUCUUAACAUGCUUCUGCGAUUACAUAAACAGCAAAGUUACUGAAAUGAGCCAGGACUUAAAAGACAUGGUUCACCAAGUUGAUGUGGCAGAACAGAAGAUUGCUAAAGAUGCUUUCAAGCCAAAGUAAUGGACCUUGAAUCCUGUUCACAAAACAUUUAGGUUCCUUUGGGUAUAAAAAUCGAACAUACCGCUGUUAAUAAGGCAGGACUGUGUAGUUGUAGUGUAAAAUGUGUUGUAAAGGACUGUUCAAGUCAAUUCAUACGCAAUUCCAAAUCUUUUACGGGGUAAAAAAAAUAUUCUGGUUGCAUAAAUAUGGACACUCUUAUAUAAUUGUAAAUGUGGCUAAAACAAAGUGGUGGCAGUAUCAUGGUUUGGGGCUUUUUCCUUUGUUGGAACUGGGACUUUAGUAAAGGGAGGGAAAUAUUACCAGUUCCAAAUACCAGUCAGCAUUGGCAGGGCUUUACUAGAAGGAUAAAGAGGCAAAAGCAACAGAUGACGUGAAAAAGAGGAAUGGAGAAAUAACCUAGAUCCACAUUGCUUCAUUAGAGAAGUUGAAGAAUAUAACAAGAGUGAGAGGGGAAAUUUGGGGGUACAUAAUCUAGGAGUUGCAUGUUAAAGUGUGGUUUCUUUUAAAAUAUUAAUUAUGUAAUAUUGUGCUGAUUUAGAGAUUUAAAAAUGUUUUUUUUUUAUAUAUUCCAUGAUUGUUUAAAUUAUUAAUGUAUUAAACUCUGAAAUGCAUGCUUGUCUUUUAUUACUUACAA